GUAUACCAUUUUAUAUAGAGAGAGUAGCUCUCUUCGUGUUAUGUCCGUUUUCAUUGCCACAAAUCCGACAAGUCUUCCUCUGGACUCGUUAACCUUGUUUUAUUUAACAUCGAGUUUGUUGACAGCUGUCGGAAUAGGUCGGGGCGCAAUAAUUGCACGAUGAGGAAUUGAAAACUUUAUCUAAUCUACCGUCUGUCUUACACUUGAUGUAUAUCUCUCCUGGAUGCAAUCGGGUAGAGGACUGAGUAGUGCGCGUAGCUUUUCUUCGGAAUAUUCUUGAGGACCUCAAAUUUGUGAAGGAUGACAAUGGGCGAUGAGACCCCAGUUACAUCACUCGUCCUUCCCGUAAUAUUACGCCCGAUAUUAUCGAAGCUGGAACGGCAAAAUGUAAGCGCUGCACAGACUUUACGUGCAGCUCUCUCAAAGGCGGAAAAUUCACACCCAGGAGUUACGCAUGAUCUCGUCUUGGGAAUUGUUCGCCGAGCUGAUCUCAAUCUCAAUAUGAAUGAAAGUAUUUUGCGACUACAAGGAGUUGCUUCUGACAUUGAUGUAGUUGAGUAUCGCUUAGCUCGUUCAGAGGACGCCUUCCAAGAAUUAAACCGGAAGUCUGCUUCACUAAAAAAAAUUCUGAGCAGGAUCCCUGAUGAAAUAACUGAUCGAAAAACAUUUCUUGAAACGAUUAAAGAGAUUGCUAGCGCAAUCAAGAAGCUCUUGGAUGCUGUAAAUGAGGUUGCUGGUUUCAUACCAGGAUCAGCAGGAAAACAGGCUUUGGAACAGCGCAAACGAGAGUUUGUCAAGUACAGUAAAAGGUUCAGCAACACACUAAAAGAAUAUUUCAAGGAAGGGCAUCUUCCACACUUUUUACAGAGCAAACGCAGUCUUUGUGAGUGCACUCUACUUGAUUCAUCAGACGAAUAUGAUCAUGGUUACAGUCAAGAAUAAGUGCGAAUGAAUAGAUGCAAAGAAGAAUGGCAGGAUGUCUUGGGAAAAAUAUUAUUGAUUAAUGUAAUACUGAGAUAAGCAGAAAAUCGAUGGGGCAAAGCAGUUUCUUGCAAACUGGUGGCUAAUGUUACAUAGUGCCCAACUGCACCAUGUUGUUGACUAAUCAAAUAUUGUAUACACCCACCUAUGUUACCUGUAUGAAUUACUGUCCCACUCCCCUUUAUCAUAGAUUUAACUAAAAAUAAAAUAGUUUAACAGGGUGAAA